CCUACCACUCACAGGGACAUUCAUUUUUGGAUAGAAGCACCGAAAUUAUGGUUUCAGACCAGGCACAAGAACCCCAAAUGAGCAUCAUUGAUGUUCCUAAGGUGGGAGCUCAAAGCAGGGUUACCUGUAAAGUGAAAUAUACAUGUUCUUCUGCUCCUCCUGCCCUGUCUCUGAAUGGCAUUCCUGGAACAGACCGCACCAUUGACUCCUUGUUGUCAGACGGCAUUUGGGAAAGAACAAUAGAACGAACUUGGAAUGUAGAAGAAGACCACAAGAAGGUGGAGUGCACUGUGAGAUAUCCUGGUGGACAAAGUGCCAAAAGUGAGCUCCUCCUGCAUGUUGAAUGAGAAAUGGGAGUGGUCUGAGGCCAAGUGGCCAGCCUACUCAGGAGAACCACAUAUGAAAUGAACAGAGGAGAUUCAAGCUUACUCAGUCAGGAAGAUGUCUCUUCACAAAUUGCACUUUGUUGUACUGUUUGCCGGCAUUUGGCUUCUUCCGAAAGCCAACACCCUGGAAUGUUACAAGUGUGUACCGGAAACAUCUGGAGGCUGCAAUACCAAAGUGCAAUGCCCCUCACAGGAUAAUCAAUGUGCAGCAGUGAAAAUAAUAAGAUACACAGGUGGUUCUGCAGACAAUGAGACCAAAUCUAAACAGUGCUUUCAACCUGGAGAUUGUGUUGGAGGCUCAGUCAGCUUUGGAUCUCAGAAAACUGUUAUUGUGAGCGAGUGCUGCACCACAUCUCAGUGCAACACCAAAGAUCCCUCUGGGCCUAAGUUCAAUCCAAAUGGUAAAAAGUGCUACAGCUGUGAAGGUCAACAGUGCGUUAGAACUGAAAACUGUAAGAAUGAUGAGGAAUAUUGCAUCAAAUCAACAAUCAACACAGGAGGGACAAGUCAAACCUUGAAGGGUUGUGCUUCCAAGACGAUGUGCCCAGAAUACGCAUCAGAGUUUUUUAAACCUUUAUCUUACAAGGAAGCAGCUGCUGCCAGGGAGACUACUGCAACAGCGCCAGCGGUGCAAGUGCUGGCCUGCUGCUGUUGUUUGUGUCGCUGAUGUUUCUGGUCUUGUUAUCUUAGAAGAUCCACAAACAUACAUCAACACAAAGCUGUCUAUUGCAAGUUAUUUUCAAUAUUUCUGUUGUGGAAUAAAUCUCAAUCUGUUUGUCUUUUUUUCAUAAGUUUAAAAGUGGAUUGUCAUUAUCUAAAAUAAUACAACUUUAAGAGUAAAAGCAGAAAUUAAAUGAACAAACAUUCCUCAUUCAGUUGCCAAAUAAAAGGAUUUAUUUUCAUCUGUAAUAUUCAAGAAUUUUUUGAGCUAUUAAAAUGAGAAAAAACAUACAAUGUGAUAUUAUUCAUGUUAUUUAAAAGGGAACACAC